CUUAUAUAAAGAGCGAUGUGUAAUACACGUGAGAUACAUGCCGUCAAGCCAUGACACGUUAAUUUAUAUACAUAGUUCAUUAAGUUAUUUUCUCCUAGAACUGCUAUUAUCUUCGAAAUAUAAAGAUGAAAGUGUGUAAAAAACUGUAAUCUAAAUAAACGUAUAAUAACUUAACUAUUGUAAAGAGAAGAAAAAUGUUAGACUUUGGUGUAUAAUCAAAGUUUAUAGUGAAGUGUUAUGAAUAACAAGUUUCAAACUUUGAAGUGCAUUAGAAAAUUAUAGAAAAUAUUUUUUUUAAUAUGUAUAGGCAUAUUCUCGCGAUCGAACAACGUAUUUUACAAUGUAAACAUAAUUACGUAAAAGUCAGCAUUAAAAAUGUGGCGCAGCAGUCUGGCAAAUUGAAAGAAUAUGAAGGUCGGAAACUUAUCGGGUUUUCAAUGGAACAAAUUUACACUGUGGUAGCAGAUGUAGAGAAUUAUAAGAAAUUUGUACCUUUUUGUAAGAAGUCAGACAUUAUUUAUAAAAAAGAAAAUUUUCUCAAAGCUAAUCUAGUUAUAGGAUUUCCUCCGCUUACUGAAAGCUAUACUUCUGAAGUAUCAAUGGUACCUUCUCGUCUUGUUAAAGCAGAUUGUACUGAUGGUAUAUUAUUUGAUCAUUUGAAAACAUUAUGGAUUUUUAGUCCAGGUUUAAAAAAUAAUGCAAAUACAUGUGUAAUAGAUUUUUCUUUAUCAUUUGAAUUUAAGUCAAUCAUUCAUUCUCAUAUGUCUAAUUUGUUUUUUAAUGAAAUUGUAAGACAAAUGGAAAAUGCUUUUGUUCAAGAGGCAGAAAGGAGAUAUGGUAAACCAUGCUUGAAAACAGUACGAUUAGAAAGAUGACGAAAAUAAGACAUUUAAUGUAUACUCAUUGAUAAUUAUAACAAUUGAAAGAA